AUGCUUGUUAGUCCUGUGAAUAAGAUUAAGAAUAAGAUUAACAGAAAGCAAAAAAGGCUAAAACUCAGAUUGGCAAUUCAAAUGCCUCACUUUUCCAAAGCAGCUAAGCAGGAACCAGAGAAGCACGAAAAGCAAGCAGAGGAUGCGCCAGAGGAAGCAACAGCUAUGACUUAUAGGGAGGUGCUUCUGAGAAAGAAAGCCCUGGCAGAGUAA